AACGUAUUUUUAAGGUACAAUGAAAGGCUUCUACACUUUCUGUAUUUUCCUUUUGGUGUUUGGAAGCUACUCUGAAGCAAAGUUUGAUGAUUUUGAGGAUGAGGAAGACCUAGUAGAAUAUGAUGAUAAUGACUUUGCAGAAUUUGAGGAUGUCAUGGACGAUUCUGUGACUCAGUCUCCUCAAAGGGUGAUAACAACUGAAGAUGAUGAAGAGGAGACCACUGUGGAGUUGGAAGGUCAAGAUGAAAACCAUGAAGAGGAUUUUGAAGAUGCAGACACCCAGGAGGGAGAUACCGAGAGUGAGCCAUAUGAUGAUGAAGAAUUUGAAGGUUAUGAAGACAAACCAGAUACUUCUAGCAAAAAUAAAGACCCGAUAACAAUUGUUGAUGUCCCUGCACACCUCCAGAACAGCUGGGAGAGUUAUUAUCUAGAAAUUUUGAUGGUGACUGGUCUGCUCGCCUACAUCAUGAAUUACAUCAUUGGGAAGAACAAAAACAGUCGCCUUGCCCAGGCCUGGUUUAAUACUCAUAGAGAGCUUUUGGAGAGCAACUUUACCCUAGUAGGGGAUGAUGGAACUAACAAGGAAGCCACAAGCACAGGAAAGCUAAACCAAGAGAACGAGCACAUCUACAACCUGUGGUGUUCUGGCAGAGUGUGCUGUGAGGGCAUGCUUAUCCAGCUGAGGUUCCUGAAAAGACAAGACUUACUGAAUGUCCUGGCCCGGAUGAUGAGGCCAGUUAGUGAUCAAGUGCAAAUAAAAGUAACCAUGAAUGAUGAAGACAUGGAUACCUAUGUGUUUGCUGUGGGCACACGGAAAGCCUUGGUACGACUGCAGAAGGAGAUGCAGGAUCUGAGUGAGUUUUGUAGUGAUAAACCUAAGUCUGGAGCGAAGUAUGGACUGCCGGAAUCCUUGGCCAUCCUCUCAGAGAUGGGAGAAGUCACCGAGGGAAUGAUGGAUACCAAGAUGGUUCACUUUCUUACACACUAUGCUGACAAGAUUGAAUCCGUUCAUUUUUCAGACCAGUUCUCUGGUCCAAAAAUUAUGCAAGAGGAAGGUCAGCCUUUAAAACUACCUGACACUAAGAGAACACUAUUGUUUACAUUUAACGUGCCUGGCUCAGGUAACACUUACCCAAAGGAUAUGGAGGCUUUGCUACCACUGAUGAACAUGGUGAUUUAUUCUAUUGAUAAAGCCAAAAAGUUCCGACUCAAUAGAGAAGGCAAGCAAAAAGCAGAUAAAAACCGUGCUCGAGUAGAAGAGAACUUCCUGAAGCUGACUCACGUGCAGAGACAAGAAGCUGCACAGUCUCGGCGUGAGGAGAAGAAAAGAGCAGAGAAGGAGCGAAUCAUGAAUGAGGAAGAUCCUGAGAAACAGCGCCGGCUGGAGGAAGCUGCCUUGAGGCGUGAGCAAAAGAAAUUGGAGAAGAAGCAAAUGAAAAUGAAGCAAAUCAAAGUGAAAGCCAUGUAAAGCCACCCCAGAGAGUUGAGUCCUGGUGCCGUUUGUAAGCUCUGAAUGCACAGGAAGCUAGAAAAACGCCAGUUCAUUUCUCAUCAUUAAGUUCCACACUCCCAGUGACUGAGAAAUUCUAUCUCAUCAUUUGUUCUGCAUUUGGUUUGGAGUAUUGCAGAAGCUGUAGAUAUAUUGGAAGGGCUCUGUUUCAGUAAUUUUCUUCCAGAAAAUCAAACUAUUUUGAUUAUUUCAUAAAGGGAAUGAUAUGUGAAAUCUUUAUAGUUUUAAAAUAUUUUUUAAAUUAUAAAUGAAUCAUCAGUGCUUUUAGUGCUUUGAUGUUUGAAGAAAUAUCAUGAAUUUAUAGUUAAUUCAAUUGUUGCUUUUGUUUAAACUAGGCAGUUAAAAUGGCUAUGAAGACUGACUCUUAAACCAAGAUUCCACAAAUAACUAUUGAAAUUGCACAAUAAACAUUACUUG